AUGGCUUCAUUCAUACCGUCUCUCCUCCUCCUCCUCUCUGUCCUAAAACAAUCGGCGGCAGCUUCCAACAUUUCUAGCUACAGCCCGUCUCUGGUCGACUCGCAUCUGUCGCUCAAAACCACGGUUUUUGCAGCCACCAACCUCUUGAACCUCUUCGAAUCUGCAAACUGGGCCGACAUUGUUGAGGAAAAAAGAGGCACUCUCGAGGCCUGCGAGGAACUCCACCGGAUAUCUAUCUCAAACCUGAAAGAAUCCCUCUCGGAGGUUGCUGACCUGUCCAAGGUGAGGGGCCUGCUCAGCUCGGUCCUCACGAAUCACUGGACAUGCCUGGAGGGACUCCGGUCAACGUCGGGACCGCUAAAAGAUGUCCUGGAAAGUUCCUUUCUCCGUUCUUACGAGCACGUCAAUGCAUCACUCUCUGUCGUUUAUAAGGCAUUGUUGCUGCAAAAACCGAGACAUUACCGGAGGCUGAUGAGCUCUGCAGAGUGGCUCUCUCGGGAUGACCGGUCAGUCUUGGAGGCCCCCACUACAAGCUUUCAUCCUGGGGAAGUGAUCACUGUGGCUGCAGAUGGAAGCGGGAUGUUCAGAACCAUAUCUGACGCGAUUCGGUUGGCGGUCCCGGAUAACAGUGAUCGCAGGACAAUAAUUCAUAUCAAGAAGGGAGUUUACCGUGAGGUUUUGAAUAUUCCGGCCCAUAAGACGAACAUCUUCUUGGUAGGAGAAGGAGAUGGCCAAACUGUCAUCACCGGGCAACGAAAUUGGGUGGACGGGUGGCAAACUUUCAAAACUGCAACCGUUGGUGUUUCGGCUCGAGGAUUCAUGGCGAGGGACAUCACGUUCGAGAACACGGCAGGACCCACCAAGCACCAAGCCGUUGCACUGCGAGUGAAUGCGGAAUUUGCCGCGUUCUACCGCUGCGGCAUCCAUGGCUUCCAGGACACACUGUACGCACACUCGGGCAAACAGUUUUACCGCGAAUGCAACAUCUCGGGAACAAUCGACUUCAUAUGCGGCGAUGCCUCGGCUGUCUUCCAGUCUUGCCAGGUGAUAUCAAAAAAGCCAUUGCCAGGGCAAUCCACUCUCGUCACGGCCCAAUCGAGAAAAGAGCCAACCCAAGACAGCGGUUUCUCCCUUCACAGGUGCUCAAUCCUGGCCUCCCCUGACUUGGCCUCCUCUCCUGUGAAGAAUUACCUGGGGAGGCCUUGGCAGGCUUACUCUAGGACAGUGAUCCUUGAAUCCUACAUCAGUGGACACAUCGACCCGGCGGGUUGGUCUCCCUGGAAGGAUAAGGACUUUGAGGACACCUUGUACUACGGUGAGUACGAGAAUCACGGCCCCGGAUCAAGCACCGCUCGCAGAGUCGGCUGGAGUGGCUUUCACGUCCUGAGUUACCAAGACACUUUACCUUUCAUGGUCUCGCCAUUCAUUUGGGCAGAUAAGUGGCUCGCAACCACUAGUUUCCCCUACGACCCUUCAAUUUGAGUUUUGACAUUCAGGUGUUUUGAGGUUUAGAGAGAUGGUUCGGGUUUAGUGAUCUCUGGAAAAAUAGGUUAGAAAUGAACAUGGUUGCUUUGUCCGUAACUCAUGUAGGAUCUUGGAAGGUAUUAGCCGUCGUCUCCUGAAUUUAUAGAAGUCGCUUGGUUCAUUGUU